AUGAUCCCAAAAACCAUGGUGUCUAACGAGGUUCACCUGCUGCCCCUCAACGACGACGGCUCGCCCGACGUGGCCGGCCAAUAUGUCUACAUUGCGCCCAAGACACGCGACCCCAUCACCAUCCGCUUCACAAUCGAGGGUACCUCGAGCAUAUGUCGCCAUGGCAGCCUGUGGGUCAACAUACCCGAGCAGGGACAUGAGUUCCAGCGACACAAGUUCAGGGAGUUCCCGCUGGUUCCCAAUUUCACUCGUGACAUAGAGAUCUCUAUCCCAAUCUACCAGCCCGGCCCCUACACCUACUACGUCACCUACGCAGCUCUCCCGGAGCUGUCCAACGAGCUCAAGAAUGACUCUGCCGGUGUUGAGAAGCAGAAGUCCCCCCUUUACUACAUCGAUGUAGCUCCCCGCUUGAGCCUGGAUGGCUCGCCGCUGCCUUUGCCGGCACUCUCUGUCUUCUCCAUCCUGAGCAAGUUCAUGGGCAAGUAUCCUCAUGACUGGGAGAAGCACCUGGCCGGCAUCAGUGAGAGAGGCUACAACAUGAUCCACUUCACCCCUCUGCAGGUUCGUGGAGAGUCAAAUUCGCCUUACAGUCUUUACGACCAGCUCUCCUGGGACCCAGUCAGCUUCCCGGAUGGCGAGAAGGAUGUCCAGAAGCUGGUUCAGAGUCUGGAGCAGAAGCAUUCGCUGCUGAGCUUGACGGAUAUUGUCCUCAAUCACACAGCCAACAACACUGAUUGGCUUCAGGAGCACCCCGAUGCCGGUUACAACUUGACCACCGCCCCAUGGCUGGAGCCGGCUUACCUGCUGGACACGAAGCUGCUCGAACUCGGCUACAAGCUGGACAAGCUCGGCCUGCCGACUGAGAUCAAGGCUGUUGACGAUCUUCUGAAGAUCAUGGAGGCCGUCAAAGGUGUCCUGAGCGAGAUCCGUCUUUGGGAGUACUACGUGGUCGAUGUCGACCGUGACGCGGAUGCUGGUAUCAAGGCGUGGUCUGAGGGACGGGCCGACGAGGCCUCCGUGAAGCUGCCCAUCGGGACUGUCGAAGAGCAGGCAGCCUUCAUACGGUCUGGUCUCGAGGGCACGAACCACUUGGGAGAGCGGUUUCGAAGGAAGCUUAAGCCAGAAGUCGGUGCUGCCUACGUAACGGCCCUCGUCGGAAAGUUUGAGUCGGCAGAUGACGCGCAGAAGGCCGACGCUCGGAGCAAGCUCGCCGCGGGACUGGACGUCAUCAACGUCGCGUACUACCAAGAGUACGACGCCGAGUCUGCUGUCAUCCUUGACCAGCUCCUCAACCGGAUAAAGUACUGUCGAUUGGAUGACCACGGCCCAAAGAUGGGUCCGAUCGGACCCAAGAGUCCAUUGAUCGAGUCUUAUUUCACGCGGUUGCCAUCCAACGACAAGACAGCCAAGCACAAAAAGGAGGACCUCGCGCUUGCAAAUAACGGCUGGGUUUGGGGCGGCAACGCGCUUGUUGACAACGCCGGGCCCGACUCAAGAGUAUACCUCCGCCGUGAGGUUAUUGUUUGGGGUGACUGUGUCAAGUUGCGGUACGGAAAGUCUCCCGAAGACAGCCCUUUCCUUUGGGACCAUAUGACCAAGUAUGCUCGCACCUUGGCCAAGUACUUCGCUGGGUUCCGCAUCGACAACUGCCAUUCCACUCCGAUCCACGUCGCUGAGCACAUUCUCGACGAGGCCCGCCGAAUCAGGCCAGAUCUUUAUGUAGUUGCGGAACUAUUUUCUGGAUCAGAAGAGAUGGACUACGUUUUCGUAAAGAGGCUUGGUCUUAGCUCGUUGAUUCGUGAGGCAAUGCAGGCUUGGAGCACUGGUGAGCUCAGCCGCUUGGUCCAUCGCCACGGAGGUCGUCCAAUCGGAAGUUUCGAGGUGGACGAGAUCUCCAGGAACGAGAACAGGUCACCCACCUCUCCGACAGGACAGAAUGGUGAGUCGAGCUUGACGAGGGAGAUCAUUCGCCGCAUCAAGCCUGUGCCGGUACAAGCAUUGUUCAUGGACUGCACUCACGACAACGAGACACCUGCUCAAAAGCGUGAUGCGCGAGACACUUUACCCAAUGCUGCACUUGUCAACAUGUGUGCCAGCGCGACGGGAAGUGUCAUGGGCUAUGAUGAGGUCUAUCCGAAACUCGUCGACCUGGUGAGCGAGACGAGGCAGUACCAGUCUGAAUCGUCCAAUGGCAAGGAAAUCAAGAUUGGUGGCGGUGAGAACGGCAUCGGCGGUGUCAAGAAGCUGCUGAACCAGAUUCACACGUUGAUGGGCCAGGAUGAAUACGACGAGACAUUCAUCCAUCACGAGGAUCAGUAUGUCACUGUCCAUAGGGUCCAUCCAGAAUCCCGCAAGGGUUAUUUCCUCAUCGCACACACCGCAUUCCCUGGAUACGGAAAUGGCAACGGUGACUUCAACCCUGUCCAUCUUGCUGGCACGAAAGUCCGGCACUUGGGUAGCUGGAUGCUCGAGGUCGACACGAGCGAGGAGGCUAAGAAGGAGGUGCUCGAGGACAAGAAAUGGCUGCGUGGUCUGCCCAGCCGCGUCGUCGACCUUCCAGGGGUCCGCAUCGAUGUCAAGGGAGAUGACACGACAAUCACGGUCCGUGACAAAUUCCCUCCUGGCAGUAUCGCCCUCUUCGAGACUUGGAUUCCCGCGGCCGAGCAUUCGGCGGGUCUGGAUACCUUCGUGACUUCGGGAGCGAAGGAGGCUUUCGGGGACUUGAGUCUCAUCGAUCUCAACUUCCUGCUCUACCGCUGCGAGGCUGAAGAGCGUGAUGCCAGCGGUGGUAAGGACGGCGUCUAUGACCUUCCAGGACAUGGAAAGCUUGUCUAUGCCGGCUUGCAGGGUUGGUGGAGCAUUCUGAAGGAUGUCAUUCGGGAGAACAACCUCGCCCAUCCGUUGUGUCAAAACCUCCGAGAUGGACAAUGGGCCUUGGAUUACACUAUCGGCCGCCUCGAACGCGCCUCCAAGAGUGAGCUGUAUUCUCGUCUCGAGAAGCCAACCGCCUGGCUCAAGGAACGAUUUGAUGCGAUUCGCAAGAUUCCGAGUUUCCUUCUGCCUCGGUACUUUGGACUCCUCAUUCGGACUGCUUACUUGGCGGCGAAGGAGAGAGGUAUCUCUUUGAUGAACAACAACGUCCAAAGUGGCCAGUGGUUCUUGCAGAGCUUGGCCAUGGUCAGUGUGCAAGAGCUUGGAGUCGUCAACUCUGGCUCACUCUACCCCAAGACCCUCGUACCCUCUCUAGCAGCUGGUCUGCCUCAUUUUGCGGUAGAGUGGGCGCGCUGUUGGGGUCGUGAUGUCUUCAUCUCCCUCCGGGGCCUUCUGCUUGGUACUGGGCGUUUCGACGAGGCGAAGGAGCACAUUCUUGCCUUUGCCAGUGUUCUCAAACACGGCAUGAUCCCCAACUUGCUCGCUUCCGGCAACACUCCGCGAUAUAACUCUCGCGACUCAAUUUGGUUCUUCCUGCAAAACAUCCAAGACUUCACGAAGCUGGCACCCAACGGCCUCGACCUCCUCAAGGCUAAGACAAAGCGUCGAUUCCUGCCUUAUGACGACACAUGGUUUGAUGUAGAGGAUCCUCGUGCUUAUUCACAAGAGAGCACUAUUGAGGACAUUAUUCAGGAGGCCCUGCAGCGCCAUGCUGAGGGCAUGUCCUUCCGUGAGGCCAAUGCAGGCCCGCAGAUCGACUCACAGAUGAGCGAUGAGGGAUUCAACAUCGACAUCAAGGUUGACUGGACCAACGGAUUCAUUUUCGGCGGCAACCAGUCCAAUUGUGGAACAUGGAUGGAUAAGAUGGGCGAGUCCGAACGUGCGGGAUCGAAGGGUGUCCCUGGAACCCCUCGUGAUGGCGCAGCUGUCGAAAUAACAGGUCUUCUGUACAGCACGCUGCGCUGGGUCCAGGAACUGAGUGCACAGGGCAAGUUCAAGUACAGCAGCGUGACGAAAGCUGACAAGUCGACCAUCGGCUUCAAGGAGUGGGCGGAUCUGAUCAAGGCCAACUUUGAGCGAUGUUACUACGUGCCCUUGUCGAAAGACGAGGACUCCAAGUACGAUGUCAACCCUAACGUCAUCAACCGUCGUGGCAUCUACAAGGACCUGUACAAAUCCGGCAAAGAGUAUGAGGACUACCAACUGAGGCCCAACUAUCCUAUCAGUAUGACCGCCGCGCCAGACCUCUUCGACCCGGAGCACGCCUUGCACGCCCUUGUGCUCACGGACGGUGUGCUGCGUGGCCCGACUGGGAUGGCGACCCUCGACCCUGCGGACCUCAACUACCGACCGUACUAUAUCAACUCGGAGGACUCGACCGACUUCGCGACCUCCAAGGGCAGGAACUACCACCAAGGGCCAGAAUGGCUGUGGCCCACUGGCUAUUUCCUACGUGCGCUGCUCAAGUUCGAUCUGCUUCGUCGGGACCCUAACGACAAGGAGGGCCGCACCGAAGCGUUCCAGCAGGUCACACAGAGACUGAUGGGGUGCAAACGAAUGAUCCAGGAGAGCCCAUGGGCCGGGCUGGCUGAGCUGACACAGAAGAAUGGGGAGUUCUGUGGCGAUUCGUGCCCAACCCAAGCUUGGUCUGCUAGUUGCCUGAUCGACCUCUACAUGGAUGCUGCUGAGUAUCAGAGUGGAGAUGAUGCAGGGCUGAGCAAGCUGAGCAUCUCGACCUGA